AUGGCCACUGAUGCACAACGUGCGGCUGAAACGGCUACGAAGGAAGGCAGUGUUGGUAAAGGAAAAAAGAUAAGGAUAAACCCGUUGGACGUAACUCGCAGUUUGGGAUAUCAGACGCACAGGAUAAAAGCUCGUAAACCUUGGAACAAGGAGGAAGAUGAGCUACUCAGGAGUUGUGUCAAUAAGCACCUUCUGGACAUGGGAUACGGAAAUGGGAUAGAUUCCAUGAAAACCAUAGAACAAUCAAACGAGAUAUGCAAGAACAUGCCCUGGGACGAGAUCGCUGCUCGCUUUGAUCGCAAGGUUAGAAAACCGAAGGAUAUCAGAAAGAGGUGGAUGAGCUCACUGGAUCCCAAUUUGCGGAAGGGGAAAUGGACCUCAGAGGAAGACGAGUUACUGAUGAAGUCUUUUGCUAAGUGGGGCUCUCAUUGGCUCAAGGUAUCAACUGAAAUUCCCGGUAGGACCGAGGACCAAUGUGCUAAGCGUUACAUUGAAGUGCUAGAUCCGAGUACAAAGGAUAGAUUACGGGAUUGGACUCUGGGGGAGGAUUUGGCUCUCAUUAGCAAGGUGAAGCAUUACGGCACCAGUUGGCGGAAAAUCUCCUUGGAAAUGGAGUCUCGACCAAGUCUGACAUGCCGCAACCGGUGGAGGAAAAUCAUAACUAUGAUUAUGAGAGGUAAAGCCUCUGAAGAGAUUACAAAAGCAGUCCAGGAAACAUCCUCAGGCAGUUCUGUUCAAUCGUUGGAGGAACUGCGGCAAAGUUUGAGAAUAAAGUUAGAAGACAUGAAAGACGACAGUCCUUUUUCCGAGGAGCUGAAAGUUGAAGAAUAUGCCCUCGAUCCCGAGGAAAAGUCAAUUUCAAAUUCUCGCAUGUCACCAAAUUGUUCAUCGCCCUCAAAUAACUCACAAUCUGGUGACGAACAUCCUAGCAAGGCACAAUGGCCAACCAAGGAUGUCGAAAUGGGUGUACAGAAGCUGGUCAAAGCUGAUGGAUUGGAUGCGCCGAAGUCAUCUAUGAGUAAUAUUUCGAUCAGAGAAGAGCAUAGUCCCGAAUUCACCACUCGAGCACGCGCGCAAAACCCGCCCCAAGCUUUCCACAAUUUAGAAGAAAACGACCCGCCACGGAACGGAAAUGAGCUACCAACAUCAAUUGAAGCUCAAGGACCCCACCAACCUUCACCGACGCACAGUACACAAGGGCAAAAAUCAUCACAACAAAUCCAUACAGAUAGCGGCCGACCACCAGCCGCUAGGAUACGAUCGCAGUCUUCCAAACUUGAUUGGAAUUAUGCUUUACAUGACGAAAAUGGCGUACCAGCCGCUCAUGGAGUAAUUUCAAGUUCAGAAUUAGUUCAGGAGUUAAUAAACCAAGCCCGUAAGAGCUCGUUGACCAUUUCCAUUCACCAACAUAUCCAUAAUCAUUAUGGUACCGAUGCUUCAUCGGCACUUUUUCAGGGUGACUCUAUAAACGAUGACCUCUGUCCAGACGUCAGAGCUCAUCCAUUCAACGGUUAUCGGACUCAAAAGCCAUCACACCCUCGGGGCUUUGAAACAGAUUUUCCCGGAAGAUCUCCUAAUCUUCCUGGCUUGGCUCUCUAUCCGGAUCCCGACCUCUUUGCCGCAAACCAGGGACCAACCUUCAGCUACCCGGCUAUUGCUGGCUACGCACACAGAGCACCGAUAAAUGGAACAUCCAUAGAGUCUCGAUCCACUCCUGGGGGAGAGAUGGAAGAACUACCACCUCACAGACAAUAUCACUUCAAUUACUUACCACCAACCGUGAAACCACAGUUGAACUCUUCGGAUCUGGCUAAAACCCAAGAACAAAGCCAUUCUACAAACCAGAGUCCCAAUGCUUCCCAUAGUCGCCAGAAAAGACGGAAGAGAACGAAACCUUUUUCAUCUGAAGGCAGUACACCCAAUGGGCCACAGGGAUUGACAGCCACCACCCCGCGAGAGACUGGAGUAUCUCCUCAGCAGCUUCCACACACCAAGACUGAAACUAUGUCCUCCGGUGGUCGCUCGUCUAACUUAUUCGAAGAAGAGGAUUUAGACUUUUGGGAAAGUUUAAGGUCCCUAGCUACUGUUCCGAGCUCUAACACUCGUAGGUCCAUUCAGAAUGAUCAUACCGACAAAUAUGCCUAUCUUUACAACUUUUACGAAGACCGACGUGAUAGUACCUAUCCCUCCAAUCAGCACACCCAUAGGAGCUCCGACCGGGUCGACAGCGCAAACCACAAUCGAGGUGGCCAAGAUGGCGAUCGCAUAUUGAGCACCUACGUGACAAAUCCGGAUCUCGUACAUAAAGGAUUGCCAUUUAAUCCCAGCUAA